CAUUUUCUGGGUCAAUAAGGGAGUAAAAACACCAAAGAAUACACUGGACAAUAUGCGUGGGCACAUGUUUUCUGCCUGAUAUUCCCUUUUGGAUUCGGGACGCUUUCGGGAACUGGAAGACCAUGAAAGUGACGGUGUGUUUUGGACGGACUCGGGUAGUGGUUCCGUGUGGAGAUGGAAACAUUAAAGUACACACGCUUAUCCAACAAGCUGCCAUGAGAUACAAAAAAGCAAUAGCCAAGGACGCGGGAUACUGGGUGCAGGUCCAGCGGUUGGAGCAUGCUGAUGGAGGGAUUUUGGACCUGGAUGAUGUUCUGUGUGAUGUAGCAGAUGACAAAGACAAACUGGUAGCUGUCUUUGAGGAGCAGGAUCCUCAUUAUGGUGGAGAUGGGACCAGUGCCAGUUCUACCGGAACCCAGAGUCCAGACCUGUUCAGCAGUGAACUGGGGACCAGCAGUCUGUCCGCGUUCCAGCCUUACCAGCCCACCAGCGAGAUCGAGGUCACGCCCUCUGCCCUGCGCACUAACAUGCCCUUGCAUGUGAGGCGCAGUAGUGACCCCGCGUUGCUGAGUCUGGCUGUGUCCUCGUUUCCUGAGCAACGCUCUCAACCUGAAGAACCUUCCAGAAAAAACCCCACACGCUGGUCCACCACAGCUGGCUUCCUUAAACCACGCUACAGCACCAACAGUCUGGAGAAGAGGGGCAAACGUUUGGAUACGUACCGGAGUCUUCCUCGUGACACAGGACAGUGGACCAAUCAGAGAGAGUUUCAGCGAGAGAAUGCCCGCUCCUCACUAAGCGCCAAUCACCCGAUGGUAGACCGCUGGCUGGAGAGACAAGAACAGGAGGAGGAGUCCAGAGAUGAGGAGAACGGUAGAAUUGAACCGGUGGGACGAGCUGACUCCUGUUUCGAACACACUGCUGUCGCAUCUUUGGAUGACAUAGUGAAGCUUGUGGAAGUGUUGAACGAUGGAGGACCUCUGGGUAUUCACGUGGUGCCCUUCAGUGGGCGGGACCGCAGGACUCUGGGGUUGCUGGUGAAGCGUUUGGAGAGAGGGGGGAAGGCAGAGGAACAGGGCCUGUUCCAGGAGGACGACUGCAUCGUACGCAUCAAUAACGCAGACCUGCGCAACAUUCGCUUCCAACAGGCUCAGAAUAUGUUUCGUCAGGCUAUGCGUUCUCCGCUGAUCCAGUUCCACGUCGUACCGUCUUCCAAGAAGGCGGAAUAUGAGCAGAUCUCCCAGAGGGAACGCAGUCCUGGCCGUAGCCCUGCCUGCUCUCCCGGACGCUUCAGCCCCGAAUCUCCCAGCAGCCAACGAAUGAGCAUGACCAGCCUUGACCACACCCCUCAGAGGAUGUUGCAUCACAAGGCACACCUGUCCACAGAGCAGGCCGACGCCCACUCUUCGCUACCUCAUCCUGUCUCCUCGUCGGGAAAGCCGCCCACCGGCCACGCCCCCUCUCCUCAGAGAGUCUUGAGCCCCGCCCCUUUGUCGGGUUUCAGUAAAAAAGUUGGGCGGAGACUCGGGAUCCAGCUAAGGAAAGGGCCGGAGGGUCUCGGGUUCAGCAUCACAUCCAGGGACGUCCCUCUGGGAGGCUCCGCCCCCAUCUAUGUUAAAAACAUCCUGCCCAAGGGAGCCGCCAUCCAGGACGGGCGACUGAAGGCCGGAGACCGACUGCUGGAGGUGAAUGGGGUGGACUUGAAUGGGCGGGGUCAGGAGGAGGUGGUGUCUUUACUAAGAGCCACACCCAUGGGCGGUACCGUGAAUCUGGUGGUGCUGAGACAAGAGGAGACCUUCCUGCCCAGAGAGAACACUGAUGACCCAGUGCAGGGUGCCAGAAAUUUGAGGGUAGAGGAGGAUGAGUUGGUGCUGACUCCGGACGGAACGCGGGAGUUCCUGACGUUUGAGGUUCCACUGAAUGACUCGGGUUCUGCAGGGCUGGGUGUCAGUGUGAAGGGGAACCGCUCCAAAGAGAACCACGCAGACCUGGGCAUCUUCGUCAAAUCCAUCAUCAACGGAGGAGCUGCCUUUAAGGAUGGAAGACUACGUGUGAACGACCAACUGAUCGCAAUCAACGGAGAGUCAUUGCUUGGAAAGACUAAUCAGGACGCCAUGGAAACGCUGAGGAUGUCCAUGUCGAUAGAGAGCAAUAAACGAGGGAUGAUCCAGCUCAUCGUGGCCAGACGAGUGUCCAAACACGACCAGAGCGACGCCCUGGGCAGUCCUCGGCCGGUCGUGCGGACUCUCUCGUCCUCUCCUGAUCGAGAGCGGAGGAUCUCUCAGUCUCUCUACGGGGGGGUGGAGGGAUUGGACGAUCACCUGAUGCCACGGGCUGCAGGCACAGGUCGAAUGAUGGGUCACUACCACCUCUCUCCCACGGUUAACAUGCCCCAGGAUGACACAGUCAUCAUCGAAGAUGAUAGGCCAACACUGCUGCCCGCCCACCUCUCUGACCAAUCGUCUUCCAGUUCCCAUGAUGACAUGGGUUUUACCACAGAAACCCCUGGGCCUUGGGCUCAAGAAAUCCCCUCUCACAAUGACAGUUCUCUGAGCUCAAACACAGAUGCGGAGACCAUGUUCCAGAGGGAGGGCUUCGGCAGGCAGAGCAUGUCUGAGAAACGGAUCAAACAGUAUGGAGACGCCACUCAACUCGAAAUCAUCAAAUCCCGCAAGUCAAAGAGCAUGGACCUCGGGAGUUCAGACCGUGAUGUGGGGCCAUCUUUAGGCUUAAAGAAGUCCAGCUCUCUGGAGAGCUUACAGACUGCUGUCGCCGAGGUAACGCUCAACGGAGACCUUCCCUUCCACCGGCCACGCCCACGCAUCAUCAGGGGGCGGGGCUGCAACGAGAGCUUCCGAGCAGCCAUAGAUAAGUCAUAUGACCGGCCGACAGCCAAUGAGGACGAAGAGGAAGGCAUGGAGACGUUGGAAGAGGACACAGAGGAGAGUUCUCGCUCAGGCCGUGACUCCGUGUCGACAGUCGCUGACCUCACUCCCCUCCCCGUUGUCGAGCGACCAGUCGUUAACGGCAACCAGGCCAAAACUGACAAGAAGAAAGAGAAAGCAGGCAAAGAAGGAAAGAGGCCAGAGAAAGAGAAAGAGAAAGAGAAGAGCAAAGGAAAGAAAGGCAUGCUGAAAGGUCUGGGAGAAAUGUUCAGGUAAAAACACACACACACAGACUCAUAUAUAUAUGUGUAU